UGACUCAGCCUCCCAUGUUCUUCCCCUCCCCACUGGAGAGGGUGGUGUGGCAGGACAGGGAUCGGGACAGGACACAGCAGGGAGCACCUGCGGCCCAGGGGCUGCCCUGGUGAUGGAGCCCUGUGACCCACACGGGAAGAGAGUUGCUGUUGUCGGAGGUGGCCUGGUGGGCGCGUUAAAUGCCUGUUUCUUUGCUAGACGAGGUUUCCAUGUUGAUGUUUACGAAGCCAGAGAAGACAUCCGAGUGGCCAGCUUUGCCCGUGGCAGAAGCAUUAACUUGGCCCUGUCUCACAGAGGACGCCAAGCCCUCCGAGCUGUGGGGAUGGAGGAGCAGAUUGUGUCCAAGGGCAUUCCCAUGCAGGCAAGGAGGAUACACACACCUUCAGGGAAAAAGUACUCUAUCCCUUACGGGAAGAAGAACCAGUACAUUCUGUCUGUGGACAGAGCAAACUUAAACAAAGAGCUGCUGACAGCUGCUGAGAAGUACUCCAACACUAAGCUGUACUUUGGACACAAGCUUGUGGAGUGCAAUGCAGAGUUGGGGAUGUUAUCCAUAAAAAGAUCUGACCAGCAGACCUUGGAAGUCACCUAUGACCUCAUUGUGGGCUGUGAUGGAGCCUUCUCAACAGUCAGAAAACAGUUCAUGAGGCAAACACGCUUUAACUACAGUCAGCAGUACAUUCCUCAUGGCUACAUGGAGCUGACCAUCCCUCCCAAAGAUGGAGAUUUUGCCAUGGAACCAAACUACCUCCAUAUCUGGCCGAGAAACACCUUCAUGAUGAUUGCACUGCCCAACAUGGACAAGUCCUUCACCUGCACGCUCUUCAUGCCCUUUGAGGAAUUUGAGAAGCUCACGACGGGGGACCAAGUGCUGGGCUUUUUCCAGACCUACUUCCCAGAUGCCAUCCCCCUCAUCGGAGAGCAAGAGCUGAAGCAUGACUACUUUGUGCUGCCAGCCCAGGCCAUGGUAUCUGUGAAGUGCUCUUCCUACCACCUCGCUUCCCGGUGCGUGCUGAUGGGAGAUGCUGCGCACGCUGUUGUGCCCUUCUACGGACAGGGCAUGAAUGCGGGUUUUGAAGACUGUCUGGUCUUUGAUGAAUUAAUGGACCAGUUCCACAACGACCUUGGUGCCUGCCUCCCUGAGUUCUCCAGACUGAGGGUACCAGAUGACCAUGCGAUUUCAGACUUAGCCAUGUACAACUACGUGGAGAUGCGUGAGCACGUGAAUUCAACGUGGUUCAUUUUCCGGAAGCACGUAGACAACUUUCUCCACACCCUCAUGCCUUCCACUAUUGUCCCGCUGUACACCAUGGUGACCUUCACCAGAAUUCGCUACCAUGAGGCACUUCAGCGCUGGAAAUGGCAGAAAAAGGUAAUUAAUCGAGGGAUCUUUGUCACGGGGGUGGCAGGACUGGCUGGCACCUACCUACUGAUCAAGCAUCUGGCACGGAACUCGGACUUCUGUGUGGAAAACUUGUGGGGCUGGUCCCAUUACCUGAAGAGUAUUAGAAAUUUUCCCUUUGGCACACAAGUGGCUGAAAUGUAAGGGGAGCUCCUUGUAAUAAAAGCGAAGGCAUGGGCUGUCAGCUCA